AUGUCCUGUCUACCGCGUCGACCUGUCGUUCGAGGAUCAGGUGGCGCCAGACUUCCCGAUGAUGUCCUGAUUCAAAUAUUCAAGUUACUUCAACAAUCAAAGUCCACCAUCAUCAUUCGAGGACAAACCAGAUAUUAUAAUUUAAUCGUACCGUUGAUCUAUACAAAGAGAAUGACAAUCACUCAACCUGCCAAAUUCUUUUAUGGGAUAGAUCACAUUCCAACAAAUGGACGUCAACCCAAAUAUCUUCAUCUCUCUGGUAUUCGAAAUCUCAUAUUCGAUUUUCCUAACGAGUAUCGAACACUAUUGGAGAUCCAAACAUCGAUUCGAUCUUUGGGUUCCCUAGAUUGGUCUCAAGCUGUUCUUGGAUUCGAAAAUCGAAAUUUGUUUCACAUAACGGAAUACAUAACCAUUUUAGUUCAAUUGGAUUUUCUCAAUGAUCUAUUCAUCUCACCCGAAUUGCGAGAUAUCGACCUGUUCCCCCAUUUACAAACCUUAUCAUUCGCUCGAUGGAAAAAAUGGAUUUACAAAAAAAGCGGUAAAAUGUUGGAUCCAAAAGAGUCUCUUGCUGGCAUUUGCAGAUGUGAUUCACCAAGAAUCAAGCAAUUGUUGAAUGAACGAUUGUUGAUCCAAGAUGAAUUCGCUAAAAACAUGAGAAGAAUAACCAAUGUUCGUAAUGAUAUCUGUGAUCACUCUCAUGGCCCCUAUUCGAUUGAUAUUGACGUCAAUCCUCAAUUAGUCACAAAUACGAGUAUAAAUCAAAAGAAGGGUCAAAAACCAAUAUCGCCAAUUACUUAUACGAAAGUAAUUGGAUGUGAACAUGAUAGGUAUAAAAUCCCGUUACCCAUUCUAUGUGGAUCGACAACAAGAUAUUUAAUUGAUGAAGAAUGUUUCACGAGAUUUAUGCCUGAUCGAUGGAGCAAUAUCCCCCAUGAACAAACCCGAAUCUCUUCAUCAAUCAAGUUCUUGAGUUUAUUCAGAAACUUAUUGACUGAAUCAUUCAGGAAAUUAUAUGUCCCAUCUUCGGAUAAGAUCCCUUUGGGUCAAACUAGAAUCAUCAUUUAUAUCCCAGUAGAUCCUGCUUGUCUGGUGGAAGUCAUGAAAACCUUAAGACCUAGUAAAGUCAACAUAGGUGGAACAACAUCAACCGUCACAUUUAAGGGAAACAUAUUGGUUGAAUUGGCUAAGUGGUUGGAAGGGAAAAAAGGUUCAUGUACAAGAUCAAAAGGAGUCAAACUAGAAGUGAAAUGGAGAAAAGAUGCUGGACCGUGUCCUGCCUGUGGACUUGUGGAGAAUAGGUAA